UAAUACCGAAUGUCAAGUAUGGAUAAAAUGUCGACAAGCAUGACCUCCAGCAUAACUGGAAUGGGGCUUGGUGGAAUUACAGGGUUGACUACUGCAAUUAGCACUCUCAGCUGUAUGAGGGAACAACAAAUAACAAUUGGAGGAAUGUCAUCGAACUACGUCCCAGGUUUAUCAGCGAAUUACAAUAUUUCGAGUUUUUGUCAACGCCCGGGACAAAGUCGACGUUGGCCAAUUGCCAAAGCGGGGCCUACUGCUCAACCUAGACCUGAACGAUCUCACAGCGUCGGUGCACUAAAGCUUUCUUCACGAAACAGUCCUAGUACACAGUAUACCCAUAAUCUCAUCUGCAAGCUGGCUGAUCAAAAUGAACGUCGACGUCAUCAAGAGACUAUAGAGUUGAUUCCUCAAAGCUACUAUUCGCAGACUCCUCUUAAAGUGGAAUUGACGGAAUUCUAUGCACGAGACAAUGGAAAAGAGCAUCACACUGAUCAGUAUGAAUUGGUUAACGAUACCGUGCUUCCAAACCCGGUAUUGCGCAGAGGCCAGAACUUUUUCUUUGCAGUUCGUUUUGACCGAAUUAACGACAAACAACAAGAUGUAAUUCGAAUAGUGUUCAAUCUUGGUCCAAAACCCUGUGUCACAAAAGGGACUCGAGUCGUUUUGCCCGUCAAUUGGAGCACGCAACAAAGUGUUUUUCAACAUUCUCGUGAUGUUAUUGGUAUGGGAAUGGGCAUGGCUGUGUCACGCGUACAAGAUACUAGUAGUGCUACAGCGGCUCCAACAGGAACAAUAACCACUAUGAGUGCUAUUAGCCCAAUAAGUGGCAUCAGAGAAACCGCAACUUAUGGAUGUCGUCGUAGUUCUUUUAGUAGCGAACCCGUGCCUCAGCAACAAAGUCCUCUUAGCCCGCACGGGACCGUGGAAAGACCAGUAAUUGAAAGACAUAGUGGACCUCCCCAGCAUCCUCCAACUGGUCGCAGCUUUGGUUCUCAACAUGGAUCAACGCAGAAUUUAGCGUCCGUUGCACACGACAUGGAAAAGUGGGACUUGAGUGUUCAGCGUCAGGAUGGUAAUACAAUUACAUUUCAAGUGCAUGUGCCAGCUUCUGCUCCAGUUGGCUUAUGGAAUUGCUGGGUUCAAACCCACAGGCUCGGCCAGCGUGAAAAUCGCCAUGAUUACAAGUGUGAUGAAGACAUUUAUAUUCUAUUUAAUCCAUGGUGCCGCGACGACUCAGUUUACUUGGACAACGAGUCAUCAAAAAAUGAAUAUGUUCUCAAUGAGCAAGGAAAAAUAUGGACUGGUACCUGGCGCCAACCUAAAGGUCGCAAAUGGAUAUUCGGACAGUUUGAUGACGUAGUGCUUCCAGCUUGCAUUUAUUUAUUAGAACGAAGUGGGCUUGAACAUUCAGAACGUGGUAAUCCUGUGCGAAUUACUAGAGCAAUUUCUGCUAUGAUUAAUGCUAAAGGCGAUGAUGGCUUAAUGGUUGGUCGAUACGAUGGUGAGUAUAAAGAUGGAGUAGCGCCUCAUGCAUGGACUGGUUCAGUAGCAAUACUUGAACGUUAUUUAACCAACGGCGGUCGCCCUGUGGAGUAUGGACAGUGCUGGGUGUUUUCGGGUUUAGUUGUGACUAUUUGUCGAGCUUUAGGUAUUCCUUGCCGAUCUGUGACAAAUUAUGUCUCUGCACAUGAUACAAAUGGGACAUUUACUAUUGACAAAUUCUUUGACAAAGAUGGGAAUGAAGUACCCAAUGGACCAGAUGAAGAUUGUUAUGACUCCUGUUGGAACUUCCAUGUUUGGAACGAUGUAUGGAUGCAAAGACCAGAUUUGCCGCAGGGAUACGGUGGGUGGCAGAUAAUUGAUUCUACUCCUCAAGAAGCAGCCGAAUCGGUAUACAUGUGUGGUCCAGCUAGUUUAGAAGCCGUUCGUCGCGGUGAGAUUGGCUUUCAGUAUGAUACACCCUUCGUGUACUCUCAGCUUAAUUCCGAGUUAUGCCACUUCCAGGAGGAAGAAUCCUCCGAUUGGGGUUUUGUUAGAAUGGCAUCGAAUCAAUUUGAGGUUGGACGGAAGAUUCUUACUAAGAAUCCGUGUAGUGAAGAUGACGAAGGUGAUAGUGAUUUACUAGAGAUAACCCAUGAAUAUAAAGCUGCUGAAAGUCCUUCUCCCGAACGGCAUGCUGUUAUUGCUUCUUGUCGCGGGGUUCAACGUUUGCAACAGUAUUAUGAAUUUCCUGAUCGUAGCACAGAGGAUGUUGUUUUUGACCUAGUGGAUAUUGAACCUAUACCUUACGGCCAGCCUUUUGAUUGCACGAUGAAUAUUCAGAACAAAUCACCCGAAGACCGGACUAUCUGGUGUGUACUAACAGCGUCUUCGUGUUAUUACACGGGUGCUAUUUCAGCACGAAUUCGAAGGUCUCAAGGAGAGUUCAUCGUUAGGGCAGGCCAACGUGAAGCUCUCAAACUGCAUGUCACCCCGCAAGAGUACAUGGACAAGUUAGUUGACCAUGCUAUGGUUAAAAUUUAUGCUAUGGCUUAUGUUAAGCAGACAAAGCAAGCUUGGUCUGAGGAGGACGAUGUCACACUGGAUAAACCGAAACUCCAAGUGCAGACGAGGAGUCCACCAACCAUAGGUCAGGAAUGUGGCAUUACGUUCAGUUUCCAAAAUCCAUUGAACGUUCAUUUGACGGACUGCUACUUUACUUUUGAAGGCCCUGGCGUGCAGAGACCGCGUCAGAUAAGGUUCCGUGACGUUAAGCCUGGUGAGUUCUUGAGUUACCAGGACAAGUUUGUGCCAACCCGCACUGGAGAUCGCAAUAUUGUUGUGACUUUCUCGUCUCGGCAAAUAGACGAGAUCGUUGGCUGCGCGACAGUGAAUGUCAUUGGCUAGCCAGAUCCUGGGCCUCGACAGUUCUUGCACGCUGUGGGGCCGACACCGCUCGAGGUGCUCCACCUUGACCGCUCGUAUUGGUCAUACAUAGAGCCUGAACAUUAUUUUGUGCAAGAAACGGAAGUGGCUAUAUUGACAUCCAUGUAAAACUUCCUCUUAAAGUUUACUCGGUGUAAUAUUUGCCAAGCGCAAACUGACAAAGUGUACCGACGGACUUUGACGACAAGGCUUCGCUAACAGGUUUAAGAUGAGUUUU